AUGAUUCGGCAUCCAACGGGUCUGGGUCGAAAUCCCGGCCGCCUGGCAGCCCAAACCGCUCCUCGACGGCACGGCCCGGGCGCGAGGCGUGCUGGCCUGCGUGCUGGUGAUGCGGCGCGUGUCCCGCGCUGCCUCCUGUUGCUGCUGCGGUGGUUGCGGACUGCUUCUGCUUCGCACGCCGUGGUGAAGCGCCCGCGCGAGGACAGCACCGGCGCGCCCCUCUCGCGCUCGCAGACACCCGGCCAGCAGGGCCAGUACGGCUUCCAGAGCAGCCAGCACGGCGGCGUCCAGCCGAUGCAGGUCCCUUCACCCUUCCAGCACCUUCACCAGGGCGGCUCCGCCAACGCGACGCCGUCGCCCACGCUCCAGAAUCAACAGUUCCGUCCCGGCAUGCCCCCUCAGCGCGUGCAGACCGUCUCGCCUGCGCAGAAUUCGAACGGUGCUCAGAUGUCACCCAUGAACUACAUGCAAGGCUCGCCGAUGCCGCAGGGGUACAACCAGAGCUUUGGGGGCGGGUCCUUUCCGGUCCAGUCGGUCCAGCCUGUCGCGCUCUCUGCAAAUCUGCAGAACCGACAGCAGGAGGCCCAGCGCAUGUACCAGAUGCGACUACAGCAACAACAACAGCAACUGGCCGCGAGCAACAUGGCCGCGCAGCAAAGACACCAGGCCGCGCCCAUGCUCGGCUCUUCUGGGCAACAGCCAGGCAUGCCAGUGACUAGAAACCCGGCGCAAAUUCAGAACCAACAGGCGCAACGCCAAUCGGCCGAAGCUUUUGUCAAGAACGUGUCCGCGCUGAUGCAGCAGAGCGGACAUCCGUUCAACCCCCAGCCAAUGGUCGCAAUGCGCCCUGUGAGUUACACGAAACUGUACAGCGUGGUCAUGCAGCAAAAGGGCUCAAAACGGGUGACGGCCAUAGGGGCGUGGCCUAUGGUUGCUCAGGCGUUGGGCUUCCCCCAGCAACAGUUCCCGAACGCCGGCGAGGAGGUGAGACUUAUCUUCGAGCAAAAUCUGGGCCUCUACGAGAACGCCUACUAUAAAAAGAUGCAACAGCAAUCAGCCGCCAUGGGUAACACCCAGCAGGCGCAGAUGGCGGCCGCCAUGAGCACUGGACAGCAAAUGUCACCCACAAAGGGAAUGCCCCAAAUGGGCCCCAACAAUGUCCAAGCGCAACAGCAGCAAUACCUCCAGCAACUGCAAAGGGCCCAGGCAAUGCAAAUGGAUCAAUCUACGCCGAUGAAGAACAACGUCCCAAUGGCGACAGCGAAUGGAUGGAGUACACCUCAGAUGGACUCGAAGAUGACGCCCGCUGCCUUGAAUCAGCACCGGAAAAGCAUGAGUCGUCAACUUGAAGCCACGCCUCCCCACUCGCAACCCCUCGGUUUCCCGUCGCCUUCACCUGGCCCAGACGUAAAACCUAGAGAAAGCGCUCCUCCGCCGGUUCCUCCAACAUCAAACGGUGUAGAGCAGCAAGUCAAAGUGGAGCACGGGACUGAAUACGAACCCAAAAUCAAAGCCUUGGGUGCUACUCAUGGAGGAUUUGAUAUCUCAGCGAUCUCUGAUCUAGGAAAGAGUAUUGCCACUCUGAGACCAAACAUACCAACUCUAGAGGAAAUGGGAGUAAUCAAUGUCCGAGCUCUCAGCAUGAGCCUUCAGUCCGGUAUCCAUGGGGAGGUGAGAUUGGCGCUGGACUUUCUGGUGCGACUAUCACACGAGCAAAGAGUCCAGCUCGAGCUCGAAAAGUGUGAAGAUCUCAUCGAUGCGAUCAUAGAUUGCGCAGAAGAACAGCUGGACGCUCUCGCAGAAGAUACCCCGGAGGUCUCUGAUAUCCUUGAUCUGACGCCAUAUGAAGACGUAAUCCGCAACUGCCGUACGGAAGUCGAGUCGAUUCAGGAAAUCCCAGAGUUUGGGACCCCAUCAUAUGAACUCGAUCGAACCGCCGAGCGACUUAUAGCUGUCACCACGAUCUUGAGGAAUCUCUCGUUUUUUGAGUCGAAUCACUCCUUGAUGUCCAGUCCUAUCGUCCUCAAAUUCGUGUCGAACGCAAUUCGACUCGUCGGCACUAGGAUAUUGCUGUUACGCACCCAUGUCAACACCGCGGAUUUCAUGAAAGAUCUGAUCAUUCUAUUAUCAAACAUCUCGGAUAAAAUCGAGCUGCCUUCUCGGGAGGAAGCACACAAUGUUCUCCACUUCCUCAUAUCAUUUGCUCCUUGUCCAAGGCCUAGCUCUCCAGUGCGGUUCACGCCUUACAAUCCAGCCAUUCACCGAUAUCUCCCUCCCGCAGUCGACACCCUCGCUAAGCUACUCGCUCGAGACGAUCCAAAUCGAACGUAUUAUAAGCAGCUUUUCACCGCAGACGCGACAUCCACGCCUCCCUAUGAUCUCCUUACGCGAGCUUUCGCACUCGCGGUUGCCGUUGUACCAGAUCGCUCGAAACGCGGAGGACGUACUAAUGAAGAAAUGAGAAUCGCCGAAGCUCGAAAGCCGUACCUCAUGCAAGGCAUGCUGGCCGCGGAUAUACUGGCCAGCCUAGCCCCUGGUCCGGAUUCCGGGAUCGCGCGGUCCUGGCUCGAGGCUGAGGACGGUUGGGCCCAGAGCCUUCUACGAUUGUCUGUGUUUUUAUUCUCUGCGGAUGCAACUCCUCGAGCCCCUCCUCAACCAGGUUCACGGCAAGCGCCCAGAAUGGACCACGAUUUACAAGGCUUCCAGCAAAUAACUCAUCGAGCCCUCGCUAUGCUGAAGAAGCUUGGAGAAAAAUGCAAAGGGGGUGACCUCGUAAUCGCAAACGGCAACGUAAGUGCCAUCAAAAUCGAGAAUGGCGAGGCAUCCGACGGUGAAGAAGGGGAAUUUGAUGGAGGAUCCGUGAAGGAGGUCGGAGCCGCUAACAGAUGGACCGUUAAAGCAGAUGUUUUGCCGAAGAAGGAGAUGUUACUCGGUGCGCUUUUGACACCAAACGUAGACUCGGUGGCACUGAGGCAACUGUGCAGUUUUGCUCGAUUGGAUGACUGAAACCCGGAUGGGAUGGGAACAUGGUGCUCCUCAACAGUGGAUGAUUUGGAUUUAGUCCCGAGCGGCAUCGAGUGCGGAUACAUUCAUGGCCCUGCAUGGGGCUUUCAUUCUUAGGGGAUUAGCCAGGUAUCAAGACAAGCUUCUAAGCUUCUUCGCCGUUGCUUUAUACCGUGAAGGCGUUGCUUCAUCUUGCAUCUCGAC